AUGAAGUGUACCGUCUAUCUCCUCGCCAUCCUAGGCUUCUGUCUGGCUCAGUCCUCUUCCGAAGUCUUGGAGCCCCUCUACGUUGUCGUUGAGCCCAUAAGGAAAGCCGUCGACCUUCCCGGACCUAGGAUCAUCGGUGGAUACGAGGUGGAACCCAAUUCUGUUCCGUACCAAGUAGCUGUGGUUAUAAACGGUAACAACCUCUGCGGGGGAUCUCUCAUAUCCACCACGAGAGUGUUGUCAGCCGCACAUUGCACAGUCAUCGCUGCCUUCGUAGAACUACGAUUCGGCUCCCACUACCACAACCAAAACGAACCCACCCAGGUACGUCUUACCAGCACCAGCUUCAUAAACCACGAACGCUAUGACGGGUCGACAAUCGAAAACGACAUUUCGGUGAUCUUGCUGCCCUCCCCGGUGGCUCCCACCGCCGCCAUCCAGGUCGUACCCCUCGCUCCCUCCACGGCACCUGAUUUCCAAGGCAGUCCACAUGGUGGCGCUGCGGCAUGCAACAGCGAUUCCGGAGGCCCUCUCGUCGCCGACGGCGUUCAAGUGGGUGUGGUGUCAUUCAGUGCACCAGGUUGCGAGGUAGGAUUGCCCACGGGAUUUGCUAGGGUCAGCGCCUAUAGGGAUUGGAUCCGGACCAACGCCGAAGUGUGAAUUUUGA